AUGCGACUGCUGCACAGUAAUGGGGCAGAGCCGCAGGUUGUCACUGCGGUGAAACUGAGCUCUGAUGAUGAAACUGCACUGGUGAAUGUGCGGCUCACGGUGAGACUCACUGAUGAAAAGUUCAUCCAGCUCCAGAAGGGCCCACAUCUGGCAGCUCGUGGCCCACGGCUGUGCACCGAGGCCUGGAGACCAGCCCCUCCUGCAGAGCUGCGUCUUUGGUGCAUGUGUGGCACCAUUCGCCGCUCCACUUCCUGA